AUAACUUGGAUAAAAAAAAGAAGCAGCGCAGCGGCAUUGGCAAUGGAGAAGCUCGCUUCUUCUUCUACUGCAACUGUUGUUCCCACUCAACACUUCCUUUUUCAAUUUCACCAACAUUCUCUUUUCUUCUUCCCCAAAACUGCGUUUUCCACCUUCCACCGGAACCGCACCGAACCGCUCUCACUGCUCUGUUGCAAAAGCAGACACCGUCGCCUAGAAGCAUUAUCCAGCAAACAGGAUCAACUCUGGGUCAGCGAAGAAGAAUUGGAGCUAGAAUUGGAAGAAGGAGAAGAUUCGUAUUUGGACGGUGAUGAUGACGACGACGACUCGUCGUUUUUGUCGCUCAGCGACAAGCCCGACAGGAACAUGGCCAUGCUCGACGAUUACGAGGGCGAGGAGCUCGACUUUGAUUACGGUCCCGACCACCGAAGCGGGUAUGUGGCGUUACUUGGGAAGCCAAAUGUUGGGAAGAGUACACUGGCGAACCAAAUGCUAGGGCAAAAGUUGUCAAUAGUUACAGAUAAACCUCAAACGACGAGGCAUCGGAUUCUGUGUAUAUGUUCUGGCACGGAUUAUCAGAUGAUACUUUUGAAUCUCUUGCAGAUGAUACUUUAUGACACACCUGGUGUUCUACAGAAGGAAAUGCACUUGUUAGACUCAAUGAUGAUGAAAAACGUUCGCAGUGCUGCAGUUAAUGCUGACUGUGUAUUGGUUCUUGUCGAUGCACGUAAAACUCCUGAAAAAAUUGAUGGACUGUUGGAAGAAGGCAUAGGAGACCUCAAAGAUAAGCCUCCCACUCUACUGAUUCUAAACAAGAAGGACCUUGUUAAACCUGGUGAACUUGCAAAGAAACUUGAGUGGUAUGAGAAAUUUACUGAAGUUGAUGAGGUUAUACCUGUUAGUGCCAAAUAUGGUCAGGGGGUUGAAGAUGUCAAGGACUGGAUACUGUCAAAGCUUCCCAAUGGACCAGCUUAUUAUCCAAAGGAUAUUGUCAGUGAGCAUCCAGAGAGAUUUUUUGUAGCUGAAAUUGUUAGAGAAAAGAUUUUUAUGCAGUAUCGAAAUGAAAUUCCAUAUGCAUGUCAGGUAAAUGUUGUAAACUAUAAAGCUCGGCCGAAUGCAAAAGAAUACAUACAAGUAGAGAUUUUGGUUGAGAAAAACACUCAGAAGAUUAUCCUUAUUGGAAGAGAAGGAAAGGCUUUGAAACUGCUUGCAACGGCUGCCCGCCUUGAUGUUGAAGAUUUUUUACAGAAGAAAGUUUAUCUUGAGAUUGAAGUGAAGGUUAGAGCAAAUUGGCGACAAGAUGAAGGGCUUCUUAAUCACUAUGGUUAUGGGGGCCAAAUACGUGUUAUAUAAUGUGAAGAUGGAAAAAAAAAAGAAAAAACAAAUCAUUAGGCAUCUGGUAUAAAAUAUGUAAGUGAAAAUCACUUGCCUCAGUUGCCAUCAAAACUUCUAUUGUAUAUGAUUUUGGCUGACACUAUCCCUCUUCCAUUCUUGUAGGCAUGUCAAUCCUUAUUUGGUAAAUGUGAAUGAAAAAAUAUGUUGAAUGGAAAAUUUAAGAUAUGGAAGCAAUUUUCACAUUAGCUUCUCUUUCCUUUCCCAUCAUAUUUAAUUACAUUCAUUUUCAUUUACGGUUGAACUGUAGGAAUGAGAGUAAUGAAGUAAUGUUACUUAUACAUGAAUUUAUUACCCCAUCUAUUUCAGUCAUAAUACUUUUAAGGAAAAGCAACUUUUAGGCUUCGUCUAUGUAUUUUUUGGAAAGUAGGAACUCUAGUAGUUCAUGUAUAAACAUAGUGUAUGUAAACUGAGUUACUCUGUUGAAAUUGUAUGAUAAUCGUGCAGCCACUUUCCGGAA